AUGGCUAACGCGGCGCAGCAGAUCGCCGAGCUCAAGACAUUACGAAAGGAGUACAAGGCCGAAGGCGUGUUUGAGUUCUUGGGGCCCAAGCCUGCCGAUGCCACAGACGAAAGUCCCACCCGGUUCAAGAUAAGACGCGAGGCCCCUGUACCUAUGACGGUGGUCGUUUCGAUGCCAGUGGGGUACCCAGCUGACGCACCUCCACUGUUCAAAGUUGAGGGAGUGGAGGGAUCGUUGGAGGCGGUCUACGUAGAGGCGAUCGAGGAGCUCUUGAUCACGCAGGCCUCUUACAUGCGCGGCAUGGAGUGCAUCUCCACUGUCCUCCAGUCCCUGGAUGACCUUGAGUUGGAUAGCCUGGACAUUGGCGAGCCGGGCCGCUGUCGCUCGAUCUUCAAGAUCGAUGUCGUGAACAACUCCCCGCAGUUCACGAAGUCCCUGAAGCAGAAAUCCGCCGUGGAGUUCAUGAAGGCAAUACGUACAGAUGGCGAUAUGGAUUGUGACAUGUUGGGUAAGCCAUGCAGAAUACAAAUGACUGUGGUCGAGGAAUUCGAGAUGGCACCAAAAGCAGCAGCCAUUCCCGAUGGUUUCAGCAGCACCGAGUACAGAACCGAUGAGGAUUUGGAUGCGUUAAUGAACCCCUACAUGGCAGCAGCUGCGGGUCUCGUCGCCAAGAAGUGA